CCCCGGGCCCACCCAUGCCAUGUGCCUAGUGCCUUACAGGGCGCUAGCAUUGAGGACCGCUUUGCCCAGGCCUGCCUGCAUUCGUGGACGAAGCCACAACGUCUAGCCACAACUUGCGCGCGCAACCACUCGUGCAGCCGGCGGCACCAGCGGUGCAAGCAAGACGCGUUGGAGGUCGAGCUCGUGUCAGGUCCAGUCAUCGCAUCGUCGGGAUUCGCAAAACAAAAAUGCCGCCCGCCCAGAAGAAGACCUGGAUCGCCCUGAGCGCGGGCGGCGUCGGCGGCGCCAUCGAGUGCUGCUGCACCUGGCCCAUGGAGUACCUGAAGACGCAGCUCCAGAGCUUUCGCACCGUCAAGGGCGGGCCGCCGCCGCCCUUCACGGGCAUCGCGUCGGGCUUGAGGUACACGAUCCAGCAGAAGGGCUUCUUCUCGCUCUACACCGGUUUGACGCCAGUACUCAUCUUCAGCGCGCCGAAAGCCGGCGUGCGCUUCGGCGCGAACCAAUUCUUUCGGAACCAGUUGGCGGAUAAAAACACGGGGAAGGUGUCCAUGGGUCUGAGUUUCCUGGCCGGGUUGUGCGCGGGCAUCUGCGAGGCGACCCUGGUCGUCACGCCGCAAGAAACGAUAAAAACGAAGCUGAUCAACCUGAACAUGGGCCUGCGGCAGGGCAUUCCCCAUUUACUCAAAACGGAAGGCGUCGCGGGCUUAUACGCCGGGCUCGGCGCGACGUGCCUGAAACAAGGAGGCAACCAGGGCUCGCGGUUUUUAUUUAUGGCGCAGUGGCGCCAGUUCCUGACGGGCGAGGCCGACGCGAAGCUGCCCAAGCAUCUCACGUUCAUCGGUGGGUUGGGUGCUGGACUGUUUUCCGUCGCCACCACCUCACCUUUCGACGUCGUGAAGACGCGCAUGCAAUCCACCGACGCGAAAUUAUACGAAAGUACUCUAGAUUGUUUCGGCCAGAUACUGCGGAAGGAGGGCCCUUUGGCCUUCUUCAACGGCGCUUUGGCGAGGGCCGCGCGCGUCGUGCCGGGCCAGGGCAUCAUCUUCCUGUCGGUCGACGUCGUUUACGAUGUGAUCGUGGGGCUCGCGGGCGAGGCGGCGGCGUAGGAGCGUGGCGAGGUUUAUUUAUAGCGAAGUUGUGUAUUAUAG